AGCGCUGCCGGCGGUCGGGACGGGGCAGGCAGGACCGGCGCCGGUCACCGGUACUGCGCACGGCACGGCACGGCACGGGCUCACCAUGAUCGUGUGUCCCCAGAGCGUGGAGCACCCCCGAGGAAGCCGGUGCCAGCGGCUGCCGGGGCAGGUAGUGAAGAUGUCCAGCAGCGACCCUGAGCGCCCCCACUUCCUCUUUGUGAAGGUGCUGGCCAGCCGGGGGCGGCUGGAGGCGGUGACCCAGCAGAUGGGCUACCACCCGCAGUACCUCGACAGCUUCCUCAAGAUGCAGCACUACCUGAUGCACAUGGACGGCCCGCUGCCCUUCGACUGCCGGCACUACAUUGCCAUCAUGGCAGCUGCCCGGCACCAGUGCCGGUACCUGGUCAAUCUGCACGUGCUGCAGUUCCUGCGGGCAGGGGGUGAUCCUCAGUGGCUGCGUGGGCUUGACUUCAUCCCCCCCAAACUCCGCAACCUUAAUGAGAUCAACAAGAUCCUGGCACACCGACCAUGGCUCAUCACCAAGGAGCACAUUGAGAAGCUGCUGAAAAUCAGCGAGUGGAGCUGGUCACUGGCAGAGCUGGUGCAUGCCGUUGUCCUCCUGGCACACUGCCACGCACUUGCCAGCUUUGUCUUUGGCUGUGGCUGCGAGCAGGAUGACGGGCUGGGGGGCCGAGGCUCACUGAAGCCCUUGUCACCUGGAAACCAGUGCUUCUGCGAAGUCGCCACUGGCAACGGCUGCAGUCAGGAGCUGCUGCGCAUCAACCGCAAGCGGUCUCUGGACUCCUGCAUGGAGCUGGAUUCCCUCCGGGAACGCAUGCAGCGGAUCCACGUGGAGACCGAGGGCAGGGAGGAGACGAGACUGCUGCAGCAGGACCGAGAGGAAGGGCUUUCCCCUCUUGCAGAUACUGACGGGGAAGUCACCGGUGCCACCAAUCUUGCAUGCUACAUGCAGGACCCUGACUUUGGAUACCAGGACUUUGCCCGGCGUGACGACGAUCAGACGCAGGAUUACUCCUGGGAAGACCAUGGCUUCUCGUUGGUCAACCGGCUCUACUCUGACAUCGGGCAUCUCCUGGAUGAGAAGUUUCGGAUGGUUGAUGGUCUGCAAAGCAGUGCCAUGGCCAAGCGGCAGGGCUGUGAACCCUCUGUCUUCAAGCGGGGCAUCUGGAACUACAUCCACUGCAUGUUUGGCAUUAGGUACGAUGACUACGACUAUGCAGAAGUGAAUCAGCUCCUGGAGCGAAUGCUCAAAGUUUACAUUAAAACUGUAACCUGCUACCCAGAGAAGACAAACUCAGAAAUGUUUGACAGGUUCUGGAAGCAGUUCAAGCACAGUGAAAAGGUCCAUGUGAACCUGCUCAUCCUGGAAGCCCGAAUGCAGGCAGAGCUGCUGUAUGCAUUGCAAGCCAUCACCCAGUACAUGAUCUCCUAAAUGGUGGGGAGCUGUGCUGCGGCAGGGCCGGGCAGCAUCUUCUCUCCCUGGACUCCUGCGUGACCCAUCAUGCUGGGAUGGAUGGCAAGGGAUUACUCAAUUUAGUUUACUUGACUGUCUUGGGUUUUGGGUUCCCCCCCCCCCUUUGUGGGGCUGGCUGAGUGGCCCCGUUACGUGCAAUUACCAAACUGUGAGGCAAGUCCGUGCUGCUGAGAUGUCGGUGUGAUGCUGGAGACUUGAACAUGUCCAAGGAGGACUGCCAAAGACAUGGGGGGAGAGGGAGGUGGGAGGGGACUGGGGCCAGUUUAGACGGAUGUUCCCUCACAAGCAGAAGCUCCUUGCCCAGACACUGUGGGAGCCUCGGUCACCGCAACAAGGGCAGAGGGGCGAGCUGGCUUCUUUCCCUGUGCUGCAGUGGCCGCCCUGCUUGCAAGCCACCCUUCGGUGUCUGGCCUCGUUGGGGUGAUGCAUCUCGCUUGGGAACAGCACGGGCAGCUUGUGGGUGUGUUGCAGCAUCCCGAGUUGCAUGGUCAGGCAGGGAGGAGUGCUGGCUCCAAGUGAGGGCCCUUCCCCAGCCUGGGAUGGGAAGGGGAUGCGCUUUCUGCCUACGCGUCCUGCCCUUUAGGUCUAUGUGCCAAACCCCUCUGGGAUGGACAAGUGAUGACCGAGGUGAAGUCCAAACUGUGAAGCUCUUGCUGGCAGGGUGCCCUAGGGCUCUGCCUUCUCUGACGGUGGGGUGAGAAGGUCUGUGACAGUGUUCAGGCUCUGGAGAUUUCUGCAGAACACUUUGGGCAGUCCUCGGGGAGCUUGCUCCAAAGCCCCUCCUCUGCCUCCCAUCAGCAGAGGGGCAGGAGGAACAAGGAAGGCUUUCUGACUUAAUGUGGCUUGUAUUUUCUUACCACCGUGAGAGGGCCAGUCACUUGCUGCUUAACAGCAUGGUGGAGGAGCCUGUGGUCAGCACAGGUGAGCUACAGGAAGCUUCUCCGUCAACCUGGGCUGGGGAGACUCCCUGGGCUGUCCCCAUUUGAG